GUUGGUCCCUCCAUGGCACCUUCGCCGCAAGUGCCCGGCCGGCCGGGUAUACAUGCUUCCCAAAUAAAGCAAGGCCCGUAGCGCCCUACCUAUCUACGCGCGUAUGUAUAUAUGCAGACAUACAUGGAUGUGCACGCGCUCUCUCUUCCCAAAUUAAUUGUUGAGAGCAAAGAAACCCAAAGCGAGCGAGCAUGCAUGCAUAGACGUGCAGGCGGUCGGCACCAAGCAUAAGCGCUCGUCGUCGCCGACGGUGUUCUCACCGGCCGCCAAGCAGCUGGAGGCGGCCGGCCGUCAGGUCGAUGUGGCGGCGGCGGCCGUCGUGGGGGUGCGCAACGAGGAGGGCCCUGCUGGCCGCGGCGUUGGCCGCGGCCGUCGUCGUGCUCUACGCCGCCGGGGGCUCGCCCAACGGGAUGCCGGCCUCCCUGUUCUUCGACGAUGAUGCCCAAGCAGGCUUGGAAGACAUACCGGCAUCGAAUCUCACCGCCGACCAUCUCCUCGACGGCCUUCUCACCACCGAAUUCAGCUACCGGUCGUGCCGUAGCCGGUACGAGUUCGCCGGCUACCACAAGAAAUCGUUGCACAAGCCGUCACCAUACCUCCUCGCCAAGCUGCGGAAUCAAGAAGCGCUCCAAAAGCGAUGUGGCCCCGGCACGGCUGCGCACAAGAAGGCGCUCCGGCAGCUCGACUCCGGCGAAGGAGUCGCACAUGAUGACGCCGAUUGCCGCUACCUCGUCUACAUCAACUACCGCGGCCUCGGCAACCGGAUGCUCGCCAUCGCGUCUGCCUUCCUCUACGCCGUGCUCACCGAGCGCGUCCUCCUCGUCGACGGGGGCAAGGAAGUCGCCGAUCUCUUCUGCGAGCCCUUCCCGGGCACGACAUGGCUGCUGCCGCGUGCCGGCUGGCGCUCCCCGCUCAGGCGCCUCGUGGGCUACGACGGCGGCUCGAAGGAGAGCCUCGGGAACAUGCUGCAGAGCGGCGCCGUCGUCGUGUCCGCCGACGGGAACGCGUCGUGGUCGUCGCCGCAGCCGCCGCCGUACGUGUACCUCCACCUUGCCGGCGGCUACGGCUUCCACGACAAGCUCUUUUUCUGCGGGGCACACCAGAGGCUCCUCCGCGGCGUGCCAUGGCUGCUCAUGAGGACGGAUAACUACAUCGUACCGGGGCUCUUCCUCAUGUCGCCGUUCCGCGGCGAGCUCGAGGCCAUGUUCCCGGAGAAGGACGCCGCAUUCUACCACCUCGGCCGGUACCUCUUCCACCCGACCAACGCCGUUUGGCACGCCGUCACGAGCUACUACCGCUCCACCCUCGCUGCCGCUGACCGCCGCGUCGGCAUACAGAUCAGGGUGUUCCAUAAGAAGCAGCCGCCACAGCGCGUCCUGGACCAGCUCCUCUCGUGCGUCCGCGACGAGAAGCUCAUACCGGAGACCAUCGCAGGCAACGACACGUUGUCUCAUGCCAUCAUGGUCACCUCGCUGAGCUCGUGGUACUACGAGAGGAUCAAGGGCGAGUACGGCGGCAGGGUCGCCGGUGGGGUGCACCAGCCGAGCCACGAGGGACGGCAGCGGUGGGAGGACACGGCGCACAACAUGCGGGCGCUGAGCGAGAUGUACCUGCUGAGCAUGUGCGACGUGCUCGUUACCAGCGGCUACUCCACGUUCGGGUACGUCGCGCAGGUGCUCGCCGGGCUACGCCCUUGGGUCAUGGCCAGGCCACCCAUGUGGGCCGACGACUGGACGGAGGGGCUAGACCCGCAGGCUCUGCCAUGCCAGCGGGCGGCCUCCAUCGAGCCGUGCUUCCACUCGCCGUCGGCCUACAACUGCGCGACGGGGAGGGACGUGGACCUGGACAAGGUGACGCCGUACAUCAGGCGCUGCGUGGACGUCAGCUGUGGCAUAAAGCUUGUCAAUGAAAGCAGCAGCCAGUGGUAACAUUUGUCUGUUAGGCAUGGGACAUGGGAGUACCAGUAAACUCACAGGGUAGAAGACAGCCACAUAAAUUCAGUAGAUAAGGGAAUACUGUACAUGCAUAUAUACACCAUAGAGAAACUAAUGUAGAAGUAAGGGAAAAGUGAUAAUCUUGGUGUUUUAAUUUACUUUGGAACAAGUUCUGCUCUGUA